AUGGGCGAAUCCUCGAAGAAGCGCGACCGCGACGAGGACGGCGGGAAGAAAGAGAAGAAAGAGAAGAAGGACAAGAAGGACAAGAAGGACAAGCGCGAGUCCGCCUCGCCGAAGCGCUCGAAACGCGACGACGACGUCGACGCGAGCGGCGCCGCCGCCGCCGACGACGGCGCGCCGACGACCGUCAAGGUCACCGGCCUCGUCGCGACCAUCACGGGCGAUAAGAUCGCGGACCACUUCGGCGUGGACGUGUACGACGUCGGCGUGCAGACGAACGGCGAGGCGUUCGUCACGCUGCCCUCGCGCGCGGCGGCGGCGAGGGCGGUGCGCGAGCUCAACGAGACGCGACUCGUCGGGCGAUUCAUCGUCGUGUCGGAGCACGUCGAGGAACCGCCCGAGGCGCCGCCCGCGUUCGCGCCGACGCCGACGCCGCGGACGGAGCAGCGCCGCGGCGGGUUACGCCACGGCGGCGGCGAGGCCGUCAUGGUCGAGUGCGCGGGCCAGACCGGCCGCAUCAUCGGUCGCGGCGGCGCGAAGAUCAAGGAGAUCGAAGACCUCACCGGGUGCGUCCUUCGCAUUCACAAGGAGCGCGGCGUCUGCGAGGUCACGGGGCGGGACGUGAUGGCGGCGGUGCAAGAGAUCAAGAACAUCGUCGCGGAGGGGAAAGAGCGAGACGACGGCGGCCUGAGCGGGAGAGACGAGCACCUGCGCGGAGGCACGAAGAACGACGGCGGCGGCCGCGGGGUCUUCGACGCGCGCGACGAGACGCCGCGUUGGGACGAGACGCCGCGUUUCGACGCGCCCGCGCCGCCGCGCGCCGCGCCCCCGCGCGCGGACCCGAGCGUGGACCCGGUGACCGCUCCGUUCGGGAAACCCCCGCCCGGGAGCGCGUCGCGGCACGACACCGGCGCGAACGACUGGCACUGCGCGUGCGGGUCCACGAACUUCGCGCGGCGGACGACCUGUUUCGGAUGCGGCGCGCCGCGAGGCGACGACGCGCGGCCCGCCGCCGCCGCCGCCGCCGCGGCGGCUCCCCGGCCGGGCCAGUCGACGUCCGAGGGCGCGAACACGCUGCGCGCGCUCCUCUCGAGCAUUCCGAGCGCGAUGGGGGCGACGACGGGCAAGGGCGCGGGCGCGCCCGCGGCGGUCAAGGCGCCGACGCAAGGCACCGACGGCGACGGGUACGAGGUGUUCGUGAAGUACCUGCCGCACGACUGCGAGGCGCGCGACGUCGCGUCGUUUUUCGAGUCGAAAUUCGGCCCGUUAAAGGACGACGUCCGGCUGUUGAUAAACCCCGCCACGGGGCAGUGCAAGGGCGCCGGGUUCGUGUCGUUCCAGACCGAGCCCGCGCGAGCCGCCGCGAUCGCCGCGGACGGGAUAAGGUUUGGCGGAAGGCACCUCUCCAUCACCGCGGCCAAGACGGGAACCUACGGCGUGCGCGGCACGGACCAGGCGCACGGGACGCACACGCCGGCGAUGUUGAGAGAGACGAUCGACGCGCUCGUCGCGCCGAACAGGGACGGGGUGUACGUGGACGGGACGUUCGGGAGAGGCGGGCACUCGCGGGGGAUACUCGCCGCGUUGUCGAAUCGGGGGAGGCUGCACGCGUUCGACAUGGACCCCGAGGCGAUCGCGGAAGCGAAGAAACUCGAAGCCGAGGACGCGCGGUUCACGAUCCACCACGCCCCGUUCGGAUGCAUGGACACCGUGCUCAAACCGAAAGGCGUCGUCGUCGCCGGCGUCUUCUUAGACCUCGGGAUUUCCUCCCCGCAGUUUGACGACGCGAGCCGCGGAUUCCGCCCGGAGCAAGACGGCCCGCUCGACCUCCGGUUCGACGUCACGCGCGGGAUCCCGGCGUCGGAUUAUUUACGCCGCGUGGAGAGAGACGAUCUCGCGCGAGUGAUCGAGACGUACGGGGAGACCGCGGACGCGACCGCGGCGCGAAGAGUCGCGGACGCCGUCUGUCUCGCGCGAGAGACGGGCGAGGGGGUGCCGUCCACGACCAAGGCGUUCGCGUCGCUCGUCGCGAGGGCGAAAGGGCAGGAGUACCAGGCGAUGCACCCGGCGAAGCUGACGUUUCAAGCGCUUCGGAUCGAGCUCAAUCAGGAGUUUGAUGAGAUGCGCCGAGGGAUGCGCGCGGCGGUGGAGGUCAUGGAAGACGGUGGACGGCUCGGCGUGCUCACGUGGAAACACAGCGAGUGCGCGAUACUCGUGGACUUCUUCCGUCACGUCGAGGAGACGCGACCGGACCUGCCGCUCGCGCGAUUCCUCGAGGACAGACACCCGUCCGUCGCCGCCGAGGUCGCGCUCGCCAACUCGGACGGGUGGGCGUUGACCGCGGACGACGCGAAGCGUCCGAGCGAGAAGGAGACGCGCGAGAACAGCCGAUCGAGGAGCGCGAUUCUUCACGUGUUGCGGAAGCGAUGCCGCGCGUCGCGGGUGGUGGACGUCGAGAGGGCGGCGUAUCCGCUGCUCGGGUGGGGGAAGCCGCCCGAGGCGCCGCCGCCGCCGCCGGUGACGUUCGCGUACGCGGACGCGAACGUCACCCCGGGGAAGGACAAGAAGGACAAGAAGGAGAAGAAGGACAAGAAGGAGAAGAAACGCGGCUCGAAGUGGGCGGAGGCGUGA